CUCUACCCUCAGGAACUUCAGGAGUCCUCUGGCAGAUGCUUCAGAAGAAAGGCAGACAGCUAGUGGCCAGAAUCUGAUCCUAAUUUGUCAUUUUUUUUCCCCUUGGGGUCAGUUUCACUAUUAAUUGUGUCCUCACAGCCAGCUUUAGAGAACUUCAAGGGUCCUUUGGUAUCUGAAAACUUACACAUGGAUGGAUGAUCUUCAACUCUUCAGAGAACCAAAUUCUUCCUUCCAUCUCAAAAAAGCUUUGGCUGUUGGAAACAUCUCAGUGAGACCUGCUUGAAAGAGACUCUCUUGUGGUCCACUUCCAAGCAUGGGGGUGAAGAACUUUGAAGCUUGGGAUUAUGUUGUGUUUGCAGGUCUCUUUGUCAUUUCCUCUGGAAUUGGCGUGUUCUUUGCCAUCAAGGAGAGAAAAAAGACAACAUCUCGGGAAUUCUUAGUGGGAGGAAGGCAAAUGAGCUUCGGCCCUGUAGCUUUGUCCCUGACAGCCAGCUUCAUGUCAGCUGUCACUGUCCUGGGGACUCCUGCUGAAGUCUACCGCUUUGGGGCAUCCUUCCUCCUUUUCCUCAUUUCAUAUGUAUUUGUGGUCUUUUUCACAUCUGAGCUCUUUCUUCCUGUGUUCUACAGAUCUGGCAUCACAAGCACCUAUGAGUACUUACAGCUCCGAUUCAACAAGCCAGUUCGCUAUGCGGCUACCAUUAUCUACAUCGUGCAGACGGUACUGUAUACUGGAGUCGUGGUCUACGCCCCUGCUCUGGCUCUCAACCAAGUGACUGGUUUUAAUCUGUGGGCCUCUGUGUUUGCAACAGGAAUCGUUUGCACAUUCUACUGUAGUUUGGGAGGUUUAAAAGCAGUGGUGUGGACAGAUGCAUUUCAGAUGGUUGUCAUGAUUGUGGGCUUCUUAACAGUCCUCAUCCAAGGAUCAAAUCAUGUUGGUGGGUUCAACAAUGUGUUAGAACAAACACGAAACGGAUCCCGGCUACACAUUGUUGACUUUGAUGUAGAUCCUCUCAGACGGCACACUUUUUGGACAAUUACAAUAGGAGGAACUUUUACUUGGCUCGGAAUCUAUGGAGUGAACCAAUCAACCAUCCAGAGAUGCAUCUCUUGCAAAACAGAAAAGCAUGCUAAGCUUGCCUUGUACUUUAACUUGUUGGGUCUCUGGAUAAUUCUGCUGUGUGCCAUCUUCUCUGGCUUGAUCAUGUACUCCUUCUUCAAGGAUUGUGACCCUUGGACUUCUAAUAUUAUUUCAGCACCAGACCAGCUGAUGCCAUAUUUUGUCAUGGAGAUUUUUGCAACUAUGCCAGGGCUGCCAGGACUUUUUGUGGCUUGUGCCUUUAGUGGAACUCUGAGCACAGUGGCUGCCAGCAUCAAUGCCUUAGCAACAGUGACCUUUGAGGAUUUUGUCAAGAGCUGUUUUCCACAUCUCUCCGACACGAUGAGUACCUGGAUCAGUAAAGGCUUAUGUCUCCUUUUCGGUAUUAUAUGUACCUCCAUGGCUGUGGUUGCAUCCCUCAUGGGGAGUGUUGUACAGGCUGCCCUCAGCAUCCAUGGCAUGUGUGGGGGACCGAUGCUAGGCUUAUUCACUUUGGGACUCGUGUUUCCUUUUGUAAACUGGAAGGGUGCUCUAGGAGGACUCCUUACUGGAAUCACGUUGUCAUUCUGGGUGGCCAUUGGAGCUUUCAUUUACCCUGCACCAGAAUCCAAGACAUUACCUUUACCUCUAUCAACAGACCACUGUGUCAAACGAAAUACCACAACAACAUUAGCCCCACAGAUUUCCAGCAGACCCAUGCUAGCUGACACCUGGUACUCACUCUCCUACCUUUACUUCAGCGCUGUGGGCUGCCUGGGGUGUAUAGCUGCUGGAAUCAUCAUCAGCUUCCUCACAGGCAAGCAAAGAGGCAAAGACAUUGACCCACUUUUAAUAAGACCAGUUUGCAAUUUAUUUUGCUUUUGGUCUAAGAAAUACAAAACUCUAUGCUGGUGUGGAGUUCAGCAUGACCGGGAAACAGAGCAGGAUUACCUUGACAGUGGCAGUGCCUGGAAAGAAGGUGUUGAAUCUGGCCUACAGAAUGGACUCAAGCAAGACACCUUGGCUCAGAUUCCAGGCUACAACCCCAAAGACAAAAGCUACAGCAACAGUGUGCCAGAGAAGACCACUUAUUUCUAGGACAAUACAUGUGACAGAUCAUAUCUUUACACACAUGCAUGCAUGUACUUCAUAUCACUUCUUGUUGUAGCCUUAUGUACAGAUUCUUGUCAUAAAAGAGGGAUGUCCAAUACCUAUUUAUACUUAUUUAUAGAAGUGAUAUGAUUCAGAAUGUUCUUUGGGAAGAUGAAAAUUCAGGUGAGAAAAAUCAGCUAAGCCCUGAAGUGCUUAAUGCCUCAUGACUCAACAGGACUGAGUUUGAUCGUGAUGAAAGGAGUUAAAGUUUCUUUGGUUCUUGUUGAUUAGAACUCUGGGUUUAUUGUCUACUUAUUUGUAGGCUUUUGUUUUGGUGCUGAGAAUUAAGCACAGGUCCUUGCUCUUACAAAAUAUCUGCCUGACCACUUACCCUUGUCUACCUUUUAAAGUUUUAACCAUCAGAAUUUCAUGGUAAAUUAGAGGACAAACAUAAAUGGGAAUCUGCAUAUUCAAUGCUGCUCUGACAAGGCUGAUAAAAUAGGAAUGACAUCAUCUCCAACCUCACAUCUCACAUGUAUAUAGACACGUAGACCGAACUGUGACCACCUUGUGGCCACAGCUAGAACACUUUACUUCUCUGAGUAUCCUCACACUGCCUCUGUUGUACAUUCCAUUAGUCAUUUCUGCUGAGCUAUUAUGACCACACUUUAAGAGCAAUUGUACUUAAGUACAAGGGAAGAAAAAUCAGUCUUCACAGUGGGAGCCAUCAUAUAUAAAUAUACUAUUCACUUUGUAUUGUUGAAGCAGUGUUUCUUAAUUUUUGUCAUUUAAAAAUGAUAAAUUGGAGCUAGAAAGAUGGCUCAGCAGUUAGGAGAACUUGCGACUCAUUCCAAGGACCUGUGUUCAAUUCCUAGCACCUGAGUUGAAUAGCUUAUAACUGCCCAUAAUUGUAGCUCUCAAGGUAAUCUGAUACUUUUUUGUGACCUUCAUUGACAUUCACAUUCAUGUGCACAUACUUGCACAUAGAUGCAUAUACAUACACAUAAUAAAUAAUUAAAAGUUUUAAGUGGAAAAAAGUCUAUGCUUAUCCAGAAGUUAAGAAUCUAAUGUACAAAGUUUAAUAAAGGGGAAAUCGGGAAGUCAUGCUUUAUUGAAAGCUGUGAGGUCAGACAGUAUAUUUUAAAUGAACCCUGAAAGAAUAUACCAUUUACAGCAGAGAUCAUUUGCCAUAGAGUCUUACAAAUUAUCCAAAGAACUCAUCCAGAUCACAUGUGCAAGCUUAAGUCACACCCUCAGAUGCAUGCACUAUAUUAGUAUUAGUCUGGAAAAUAACUUCAAAGUUCUGGAGCAGAACUAAUCCAAACUGAACAAAUAUGCCUUCAUGUGGAAGCAGAAGGAAAUUUGAAAAAAGAAACAUAUUAUACAGGUCUGGGAACUGUACUAAUCAUGUGGUGAAGUGGAAGAAAACUACAAAGUAUACAGUCAAUAGGCUCAGCAAGUACCAACAUCUUCUCUUCCAUUCCUUACUCUCAAAAUGGCAGCUCAGAAUGGUGUUACAGGGCCACGUUUAGUGUAAAUGGAUUAAAUAUGGGUCUGUUUGCCAUAGAGUGUCCAGAGAAUUCUCAAUACAUUUUUGUGUGAAUGGUGAGUUUCUAGACGUGGAAACUAGCCUUUGUGCCUUUUGUGCAAAAUUGCAGACUCUGGUGAGGAUAAGAAUGUCUAUUUCACUAAACUCAUUUAGAUGAUUGACAUUUGUCAUUAUUUAGACCAAAAAAGUAUAGUUUCUUGGUUGACAGAAGGUGUCUGAAUCAAAUGGCUUAGACUCAAACUUGAGUUCUGACACAAAUUAUCUGGUUGCUUAAAGGAAAGACUUUCAAAAGUAUUAGUUUAUUUUCCAAUUAAAAGGAAUAAACACUAUUUUUUUUAUAAACACUAUUUUUAUUUAAUGGAAUUAUUGUGAGAACUUAACCCAGUGACUGGCCAAUUGCUAUUGUGUAGUGUAUGAAAAAAUGGUGUUCAUUUUGACUGAAAUUUUUUCACCAUUUCUCUUUGAUGGUAUUGACUUAAAACAUGGUUUACUAGGGUGCUGUGAAAAAAAAGAGAGAACUGAUGAGAUAAAUAUAGUUGCAAGACAAAAACAAUGUCCCGAAUUUCCACACACUGGAUUUUAUGUUAGAGUAUCCAUAAAACAUCAUUAAAAGGUCCUACAUUUCCCAAAAUAGGAUGGAUCUUAUCAUACCCAUACGUUCACGACUGGAAACAGCAUGCUCUGUUGUGGUUAAGUUCAGAUUUGUUUUCAGAAUAUUUUAGAAAAAAAUCAGAAUUUGUUUAGUGCCCUUUUGUAUAUUUACAGAUUCCACGUACUUCAAAAUCAAUUAUAGCUUUCGAUUGAUAGAAAAUUCACUGCUGGAUUAUUUCUAUUUAUAGUUCUUGGAAAGAUUAAAUGCUACAGUUUCAAACUCCCGAGGAAGUCAGUAAAGAUUUGCAAACAUGUAAAUGACAAACA